CAACGAAACACGCCUCCAUCCAUCACAGAAAAGCCGCCGCCGCGCUAGCCGCCGCCAUGGCUUCCGACCUCGAGCAGCCACCGGCUCGGGUUGGCCUAACCCUCUACUCGCCCUUGGAGGCGGCAACCCACAGCUACAAGGGGGGAGCGCCACCAGCGGCCGUGGCUGCCCUCCCUCCCUCUCGCGGCUGGGUGGCGCUCGACUGCUUCGUGAGGCGCCGCGACGACGACUCCUUCCCCGCGGACGACCCGACCGUGGCCUCCCUCACCAAUUCCCGCGGCGACCCGUUCGACGUCUGCGUCAGCCUCAACGCGCCGCCGCAGCCGUCCACCCUCUACCUACGGUGGCCGAACGGCCCGGCGGAGGGCGAGCCGCUGGCCCCUGUCGCCGCCCACGACGGCGCGGUGCUGCUCCUCAUGCACUACCCCAUCCCCGUGCUCGGCGAUUCCCUCUACCCGAUGAUCGACUACUUCGUCUACAGCGCCGACAGCGGCGCCAGGCCGUCCCUGCGCUGGCUCCCAACUCUCGGUGGCACCAUCGGCGACAUCCUGGCCCGGGUCCAGGCCGAGGGCUUUCACGCCACGAAUCAGAUGCUGCGCAGGAUGGAGUCCCUGGACAUUGGCAUCGUCCGCCGGGGCCUGGAGGAGUUUGUCGUGGCUGAGCUCCAGAUGACAGUCAUUGGGGAGACCGCGCGGCCGGAGCUGACCGUGUUUAACCCGUCCAUCUCCGACCAGUGGGUGCUCAAGCGCCCGCGUGUCGUCCCGGUGCGCCCCAACGGCAACUUGGAUCUGGAGCAUAUCCUUUGGUACUGGGACACAGACAAAGUCGUCGCCUUCGGGAGCUGGAUGUGCUGGGUUGACUACAGUUCUGGCGUCAUGCUGUGUAACGUUUUCGAUGAAGCCCCUGAGAUCUUGUUCCUCGAAUUACCUCCCAGGCUGUAUCACAUGAAACGUCAUGACCAUGUCGAAGGAGGCCUUGAGGCAUACCACACCCUGGGCACAACAGAUGGUGGCAAUGCGUUGAAGUUUGCCUUUGUCUUAUGGUAUGAUGGUAUGCUCAAACGAACCUGUGAUCCGGACCCAUCUAAUUUCAGUAUCACCACCUGGAAACUGAGGAUACAGGGGAAUGAUAUGGUUUGGGUAGAAGAUAGUUGGUUGGCAGCAUAUGACCUUUGGCCUCAUGAUGAUGACUUUGCACAUAUUCCACGAGAUUUGUUACUCUUCCCAAUGUUUAGCAUGGAUGACCCUAAUGAGGUCACUUUCUUAUUGAAGCAUAAGCCUAGCGAGCAGGAGGAUGGAACUUACGACAAUGCCCAGAUUUGGCUAGUUUCUAUUGACAUGAUCAAGAAGAAACUGAAGUCCAGCAUUCUGUAUGUUGAGAAUCAAGAGGAUUCUGCUCCUGAAGAGGCUGAGUUGUUUGAGCGGAAAGAUUGGCUCCUGGAGCCCUUUCUUCCAAUGAAGUUACCCAAGGACCCGAGCUCGUUUAACAACAGUGUCAGAUCGCAAGGAGUGGCGUCAGGCUGCCGUGUCCCAAUGAGCAGGAGUCAUGGAUGGAAUCCGCUGUGCUAAUGUUUGCUUCUAGCUGAAUAAUGAUAACAUCAUGAACUGUUAGUUGCCUGUAACGCAUGAUGAUCUUUGAACAUGCUUGUCGCGUACCUUAUGCAAUGCAUAUCAGGACUAUAUGGUCUAUCGAAUGUUGGAACGCGUUUGCAUUGUGUUUGGUGAUUAUGCACCAGCCUGUUGAAUUCCUUGAUAUACUACGAAUCCUGCCCUUUUUUAUGUCUGAUAAUUAAUGGA